UGAUUUUUGACAAACUCAUUUUCACCUGGCCGCAAUUCGUACUUAAAGCUCAGAAAGUAUAUAAUCUGAUCAAGGCGUUUUACACCCACGGAAAGAUCUGCGUCAAAUUUUCUCAUUUUCUUUCAAUCAAUUCUUCUCUUCAACCUUGCUAUUUCCGGGAAAAAAAACCAUGGACAAACGCCGCAGAAAGCAAGCAAAAACUGAAAGCUCCUACGCUGAAGAGGUGAGCAGCAUUGAAUGGGAGUUCAUAAACAUGUCAGAACAAGAAGAAGAUCUCAUUCACAGAAUGUACAAACUGGUGGGAGACAGAUGGAGUCUGAUAGCAGGUAGGAUUCCAGGUCGGAAAGCUGAAGAGAUUGAGAGGUUUUGGAUUAUGAGACAUUCCCAAGCGUUCGCUACCAGAAGAGAACAGCUUACCAAAUGUAAAUCCUGAUAAUUAAUUAAUACCCUAUUAUUUUCUACCAAAAGCAAAAAAAAAAAAAAAAACAGUUUCCUUGAUUUCUCAGCUCGUUUCAUGUCCCUUUGCCAUUUGGUAAUCUACUUCAAUAUUUGGUUUAUUUUUCUGUAUUUUUUAAAUUGAUAAAUUACAAUUUACAAACAUGAAAUAAAACAUUCAACUUUGCUAUUGUCAA